UCUGUUAAAAAAAGAAAAAGGAAAAUGUGACUGUAAAAGCAGUGACGGCUCAAUUGAGACAGAGCCCAGAGGCAUAAGCAAAACACAGCAAGAGAGGCUCAAAUCCACAAAGGAACAGAAAGCAUAUACACAAAUUUCACUCUUUCUAGCUUUUCUCUUCUAGUUCUUUUUUUCUAUUUUUUCCUCUCUUUCCUAUCUCUCUCUGGUCGUUAAAAAAAUGGCACCGGUCUCGGCUUUGGCAAAGUAUAAGUUGGUAUUCUUGGGAGAUCAAUCAGUGGGAAAAACCAGCAUCAUCACCCGCUUCAUGUAUGAUAAAUUCGACACCACUUAUCAGGCUACCAUUGGUAUUGAUUUUCUGUCAAAAACUAUGUAUCUUGAAGAUAGAACUGUUCGGCUGCAGUUAUGGGAUACUGCUGGGCAGGAAAGAUUCAGAAGUCUCAUUCCAAGCUACAUCAGGGAUUCAUCCGUUGCAGUCAUCGUAUAUGAUGUUGCAAGUCGGCAAUCAUUCCUCAACACUUCAAAGUGGAUAGAAGAGGUGCGCAGUGAGAGAGGUAGUGAUGUCAUUAUUGUUCUUGUUGGAAACAAAACUGACCUUGUUGACAAGAGGCAAGUGUCUAUAGAGGAAGCGGAGGCCAAAUCUCGUGAACUCAAUGUAAUGUUUAUUGAAACCAGUGCAAAGGCAGGUUUUAAUAUAAAGGCAUUGUUUCGGAAAAUUGCGGCAGCUUUACCAGGGAUGGAAACACUUUCUUCGACGAAACAAGAGGACAUGGUCGAUGUGAAUCUGAAAUCUACUAGCAGUGCAAACCAAUCUCAACCCCAGUCUGGUGGAUGCUCUUGUUAAUUCAACAUAUUCUGUUAAAAAAAAGAAAAAGCAUUUGGAUACAAUGUCUUCCUUCUUUUUAGUCUGGUUUUUCCAAAUCUUCAUAUCAGAUCUGUAAAUGUUUUCAUUUUGUAUUCUUUUCUAGUUUGAAAUUGUUUUUGUUAUGAGUUAUUAUACUUUUGUGUAUCUUUCUUAGGGACUCGAGCCGUCUUUAUGUGAUAGUACAAUUUUGAGGGCUUGGAGGAAGAGAUUUUGGUUUUGAUGUAUUUGUUCAUGUUGAACUAUAUCAUUAUCUGGUAGAUUUGUACUAGGAUUCAGAUUUAGAUCCUGCAUUCUAUGAACAUCAAGAUUCAAGUCAAGACGGUUGGAUUGAACCUUGUUAUUUAUUUUACAAAGAUGAUUACUCUUACUUUA